CCGCCACAGACCAGCGACUCUCACCGAGAUGGAAACCCCAACAGUCCUAUCAUUCGGGUAACGGACACUCCUAUCAUUCAACGACAGUAAUUGAGAAAGGAAAUUCGGAAAUUAUGGAGGUUGUUGAACGCACUGAAGUUAUGGUGGAUGAUGGGAAAAAUCCCGAAAAUAAUAUGCUUGGGAAAUCCUCCUCUGGGUCAGAGUUGAAAUGGCUUGUGCAGAAAUUGGAUUGUUUUGAUCCAAAACUAUUGCUAUCUCAGGGACGCAGAAGGCUUUGUGAUGCAUUUCGAUUGCUGCUAACAGAUCCCGAUGUUAAGAGACUAGUGGUUUCUCUAGCAUCUGAUAAAGCUGUUCGGGACGUGAUUUUGAGGAACACGUCAGUUCGAGAGUUUCAAUGGACACACUACGCAGGUUUUCACUAUUCUCAUCACAUAUUUGUUAAUUAUGUAAGGCCUCUAAUUUCUAAUGAACAACCAGGCUUGGCUACACGUAAAUUGAUGUGGAUUUGGGAUGGAGCAAAAGCAAAAUUUGAUUUCAUUGAGAUAUUUCUGUUUCUAGUGAAGGGGCUAAUUCAACCUCCCAAGAGUAACAAUCCCACAGAAGGAAACAAGGAGCAGAUGGAGGAAAAAUUUAGAUCAUCAUUGCUUCUCUCUGUUGUGAUCCUCCUAAUUGCGGUUGUGGCUCGAGUCCAAAAUGCUAGAAUCACCAUAACUUCAGCAAAAGAACGCAAGAACAAACCACAUUAUUUGAUCAACAGGGAGGUACCAUUGGUUAAUGAGUACCUAUUAAGUUUCAGCCUUUUUCCCCCUCUAUAUUGUAUAUGUUGCAAAACAGUAAUGUUUCCAAAUAAGGUCUUGAACUCCUACUUUUUUUUCAUAAAUAAAAUCCUGAAGGUCUUGAAGGAAAAUUCACAUACUUCCAGUCGUCUUUCAUGGAUAUUAUUGACCACGUUUGCCAAGUUAACUUCAUCCAUUACAUUAUCUGUUAGCAAUUCAGCUUCAGACUGCAGUACCCAACUCCAAUUGAACAAUGCUACAUACAUCUCAGCUUGAGAAUCCUGCAUCUGA